AAAAUGACCACCCUGCCCCCACUGUGCAUGACACGCCCAAAGCUUACGGCCUUAGCCAGACAGAAGCUGCCAUGUUCUCCCAGAACAAUUCCAAGGUCUCAGUUGAUCAAAGAAAAAGAUGACAUAGAUCAUUAUCUGGAGGUGAAUUUCAAAGGAUUGUCAAAAGAGGAGGUUGCUGCUUACCGGAACUCGUACAAGAAGAACAUCUGUGUGGACAUGCUGCGAGAUGGUUAUCAUAAGUCUUUUACUGAGCUCUUUGCUCUGAUGGAGAAGUGGGAUGCCCUGAGGGAGGCUGCAAAAGUAAGGUCCCUCUUCUGGCUGCAGAGACCCCUGGAAGAGCAGCCUGACAAGCUGGAUCACUUCUACUACUACCUGACCAGGGCCGAAGCAGCUGAAAGGAAAGAAUACUUUGAAGAGGUCUAUAAUAACUUGUAUGCUCUGGCCUGUUACUUCAAUAAUUCUGAAGACAAGUGGGUAAGGAACCACUUCUAUGAACGAUGUUUUCAGAUUGCUCAACUCAUCAAAAUUGACGGUGGGAAGAAGGAAGCCGAGGCGCACGCACACAUGGGGCUGCUCUUCGAGGAGGAUGGUCAGCUUCUGGAAGCUGCGGAGCAUUAUGAGGCCUUCCAUCAGUUGACGCAGGGACGGAUAUGGAAGGAUGAGACAGGCCGCGUUCUCAACUUGUUGGCCUGUGAGAGUCUCCUGAGGACUUACAGAUUACUCUCAGACAAAAUGCUGGAAAAUAAAGAAUACAAACAGGCCAUCAGAAUUCUUAUAAAAGCUUCUGAAAUAGCCAAAGAAGGAAAUGACAAAAAGAUGGAAGAAGCAGCUUCCUAUUACUUGGGCUUAGCACACUUGGCUGCUGGAGAGUAUGAAACAGCAUUAGCAGUCCUUAACGCUUAUGCUAAAAUCUCUACAGACCUGGAUGAUGAUCUCAGCCUGGGGAGAGCCUAUGAAGCAACAGCCAAGGUCCUGCAGAGCCAAGGACAGAUGGCAGAAGCAGUGAAAUACUUGAAAAAAGUUGUGAAAAUUGCAAGAAAAAAUUUUCAAAGCCUAGAUUUUGUGAGAGCAAGUACAAUACUUGGAGACAUCUACAACGAAAAAGGAUACUACAACAAAGCUUCUGAAUACUUUCAGCAAGCUUUUGACACAACAGCAGAGUUAACGAACAUACCUCUGAUGGAUGAGACAAAAGUUCAUUAUGGAAUAGCAAAAGCUCAUCAGAUGAUGCUGACCAUUAAUAGUAAUAUAGAAUCUGCAGAUCUCACCAGCCUUGACUACCUGCUGUCAUGGAAGGAGAAUAGAAGUGAUGUUGCACCUGAUCCGACUAUUGGAGAGUCUAGAAGAUCCACAAUGGAAAGUUUAUAUCAAACUUCAGAGUUUUCGGAAGAGGACCUCAGUGGAUAAUCAAAAAAAAUUAGACUUAAACCAACUUUUGACUCAACAACAAAUCAGAAAGUAAUUUAUCAUGUCACUUCAGUCUUCAAUACCUGUAAUAUGAGUAUGUUACAAAUAAUACAGUUAUAAUAAAACUAUGACUAUAUUUUCAUUGGAUUUUGUAUUAUAAUUUGCUACUACAAAUUUAAAACAUCUAAAUCCAUGAAAAUUAAAUAUAUCCCAAAUGCUUAGAAAUAUCAAUAAUUAUCCAUAAGCUAAACUGUAAAAUUUUCCUUUAAUCCAUUAUUCUACCAGAAAUAGUGCUAUUAUACUUAAUCUUAGCCAAAAGGCUGAGAAGCAAUAGAAAUAAUGCUAUUAUAGAAUCAAAAUUUGGUUGUGUCUAAUGAGAAAAUUCUUUUAAGCUUAAGGAAGUUUAUGCUGAAUAAAGGUAGGAAAAGAUUUACUAAAAUUCCUGGGAACCUUUUCAACAUAUGUAAAAGGAUUAUAACAAAUAGAGACUAUCAUACUGAUAAGUACUGCUCAAAACAGUCUGCUUCACCCAGGUAAAGGAAAACUCUGUUUCCUCUAUUUGCCCCACUUCUGGCACCAAAUGUGUGAGUUUUUCCACUCCAGUUCUCAGCAGACACUGACUGGGUGUCUUACAAUUUAACUUAAUUCUGACACUAACUGCCAGGAGUUGGCACAGACCACAGAUUAAGGGAUCAGGUCCGUAAGACUGUCCCCCACUUCACAUGCCAAUUGCAAAUCCCAGCUUGUCACCUGUGCUUCUGGCUGAGUUGGCUACAAACUGAGGAUUCCCACAACCCCCUUCUCAGCUUCAAUAAUUUGCUAUAACAACUCACAGAACUCAGGGAAGAAGAUACUUACACUUGCCUGUUUGUUAUAAAGAGUAUAAUAAAAGAUAUAGGUGAACAGAAAAAUAGAAGUAUAGGGCAAGGCAUGGGAUAAGGGGAACAGAGCUUCCAUGCCCUCCCAGGGUGUAGCUCCCUCUGAGCACCUCAGUUCAUUCACCAACAUAGAUGCUCCCCAAAUCCUUUCAUUUGUUUUUUAUGGAGGCUUUAUUACCUAGAUAUGAUUGGUUAAAUCAUUGACAAUUAGUGAUUAACUCAACCUCCAGCCUCUCUCCCCAGAGGUCAGGACAUAGGGUGGAAAGUUUCAACCCUCUAGUCACAUGGUUGACUCCCUUGACCACUAGCCCCUCAUUUUAUGGGCUUUCCAAAAAGUCACUUAAUUAAAAUAAACCAAGUUGUGGUUGAAAAGUUCUUGUUAUUAAUGAAAAAACAUGCUCAUUUUGCCUUUAUUCAUCUCUCCAGAGCUGCUUAAGCUACCAGGGACAAAAAGCAAAUAUUAAUUUAUUGUAUAAUAUUAGGAGUUCUGUGCCAGAAACCAGAGAGGAAGACCACAUAUAUAUCUCUUAUUACAACAUUACACUGUGUAAAAGUAUAUUUUAUGAUACUUUUAGCUGAUAGUAUAUAAUGUAUCCAUACCAAUUUUAAAAGACUAUGAAAAUCCUUCAGUCUUAGGCCCCUCCCCUAAUGUGACUUACAAAAUGAGAGGACAUAGCUGAAAUAAUUAUGUGUAUAAUUUCUAGAGAUUUGCAGGUCUAGGGGAAUCCAUAAAUGAAAUUCUUUACCAAAAAUAAAGACUUUUACUCCCACUUAACCUUAGUCAAUAUACACUUUAAUUUUGGUUCUUUUUAAUUCCUCAUGAUUAAAGUUUGGGGACUAACCCUAGAACACUGCAGUGUGGAGUCAUACAACUUUCACAUAAUAGUAAUGCAUCCACACCCUGCUCAAGGUGAUGAUUCAGUGAAAAUACCAAAAACUGUAGAUGGGGUAAGUGGAAAAAUAGAAGAAUUAUCCUUUGUUGUUUAUUGAAUCAAUAAACCCAAUUUCCACAGCAUCUCUGAUUCCUGAAAUUUUUUUUUUGCCAUUCCCACAGACUUCUAUGUUUUGUUUUGCCCAAGAAGUAGAAUUAAAGUGUGUAUAAAUUAUAACUCAAUAAAUCUGACUUUUAAAAAAAGCAAAAAACAAAGAGGAUAUGACUAUGGAGUAAAUUCAGUCUGAUCACAGUGUUAUUUAAAUACAGUUCUGUGUAUUCAUGGUUAUGUAUAUAUAUGUGUAUAGAAAAAGCUCUUAAAUGUUCUAAAUCGAAGUGUGAACAGUGAUUAUCUCUAGGGAAUGGAAAAGGGGGAAUAAUUUUAAUUUUAUACAUGUAUUGAUUUAAAAUUUUCCACGCACAUGACUAUAUAU